AUGGACGCCCACGUGGACACGUUCAACGCGAUCAACGGUCUCAACGACGGCCACACGAUGUUUCAGUCGAGAUGCUUCUUCAGCAUGGUCACCUUCCUCCUGCCGCUCCCGCUUUUCGCGGUCGUGGAGGACGGCCAGCAGAUCGUUCGCGUCGCCACGCGCCGAUACCUGUCGUUAUUCAAAGGGAUCGAGGAGGACGCGAAGAAGCUCUGGGGUUUCGAUCUUUCCGCCUACGAGUUACAACAGGUACAAGCCAUAGAGGGCCAGCCAGCAGUGGAGUACAUAAAGAAGUGGGCGGACAAGCACGGCGGCAUGGUGCGCAACCCCAGUGCACGCUUCAACAUGAUGUUUGCGGGGCUCGACGCAGAAGGGGCCGCCAGCUUGGGACAGCACGCGGGGGAGUUUGUCCCUCGUAGCCCUGAUUCUUUCCAGCCAGAGGGGAGGGCCAGCUUGAGGCAGCACCCGGAGGAGUUUGUUGUGAGGGAGCUGGUUCUAGAGAGUGACAACUUCAGGUGUCCGUUUUCAGAGGGCAACGCUGCAAGGAACGGCCGCAGCGGCAGCAGUGGCAGUGGUAGCAGCAGCGAGGAGGCGCCACCUCCUAUGUUAGAGCUUGAUGUGCUGAGGAUGCGACCCCAGUACCAGCAAUACCAGCAGCCCCACAGGCGCCAGCAGCAGCAGCCACAGGAGAAGCAGGAGCGCAAGGAAGAAGCAGGGCCGUCAAGCAGUAAAGUGCAGAGCAGUGACAAGGUUGCACCCAGGAUACUGGCUGGCGAGGAUGGGGCAGCGAUCACCAUGGAGAAGGUGUCUGCUGACGAUGCCUACUACCUGGUGUAUCUGGUGAGCAACCGCACGGCAGUGAUCGUGCUGCACACAUUCUCCGUGGACAGGACCACGCAAAGGAAGCUCGCAGUCACCAGGCCUGGCCUGGAUCCCCUUGCAUACCUCAUUGGGGAGAUUUUCAAAGCCAUGGAAGCUGCCAGGAGGACCAAUUGCACGGAGGUCAUAUUCGACGUGCGCGAUAACGGCGGCGGGGUCACCGUAAUGGCCUCAGUCACAGCCGUCGCGCUUCUCGGCACGCGCAACGUGCCUCUAGCGAACGCAACCCUACCCAUGGACUUCAUUAUAGGCACAAACUUCACCUGGAGCCUUGUGGCGGAUGAGGCCAUUCCCAAGUACGCCGCGAAUCGCUAUAGUCAUCCCAGCGACGGCGCGUCGCUCCUCUCGUCUUCUCAAGACUACAAGCCUCUGCAAAACGUCUCCUUCUCAACCGCUGGCCGCGCCGGCACCUAUACAGCGGAUUUCAAGUCGAAUUUCGAUAAACUCUACGGCGCAUUGGCGGAGCUUCCCGGGUCGGCGGAGCCGUUUUUCGGCGCGCGGCCGUUUCUGUUUCUGGCGGACGGCGACUGCUUUUCCACGUGCGCCAUCCUCACGCACAUGCUGGGUAAACGCUACAAAGUACCCAUGGUAACCGUGGGUGGUUACCUCAACCAGCCCGUGUCCGUGAGCGCGUCGUGCCUGGGCUACACGAUGCAAUCGUUAAACUGCGACGUCUCGGUUCCGUUAAGCCGCACGAACCACGCCAACGACCCGCACGCGUCGAAACCGUUUAAGACGAACAUGGAUGUUUCCAUGGCGUUUACUAACGGGUACGUGGACUCGAGCGUUCCGUGCGAGUUCGAAUUUCUGCCGAGUCAGCGCCACGUGGACUACACCGUAGAUCGCAUCGACAAGCCCGAGAAGAAGCAGGAAGAGGAGCAGAAGAAGCAGGAGGAGGAGCAGAAGAAGGAGGAGGAGGAGCAGAAGAAGCAGGAGGAGGAGCAGAAGAAGCAGGAAGAGGAGCAGAAGAAGCAGGAGGAGGAGCAGAAGAAGGAGGAGGAGGAGCAGAAGAAGCAGGAGGAGGAGCAGAAGAAGCAGGAGGACGGAGACAAGAAAGAGACGGCGGACCAGUUAAAAUCGGAUGAGGAGCAGAAGACGCCGGAGGUCAAAGACGUGAUUGAUGACCUGAAGCAGCUGCCAGAGGAGCAGAAGAGCAGCGACGGGGCAACAGGCACAGUGCAGAGUGGGGCAUCGACAGGCAGUGAUGGGGAGAGCAACGAUGGGGCAGCAGACACAGUGCAGAGUGGGGCAUCGACAGGCAGUGAUGGGGAGAGCAACGAUGGGGCAGCAGACACAGUGCAGAGUGGGGCAUCGACAGGCGGUGAUGGGGAGAGCAACGAUGGGGCAGCAGACACAGUGCAGAGUGGGGCAUCGACAGGCAGUGAUGGGGAGAGCAACGAUGGGGCAGCAGACACAGUGCAGAGUGGGGCAUCGACAGGCAGUGAUGGGGAGAGCAACGAUGGGGCAGCAGACACAGUGCAGAGUGGGCCAUCAACAGGCAGUAAUUGGCAGAGCAACGAUGGGGCAGCAGGCACAGUGCAGUGA